AUGUUGUGUACACUAAUUUUGUGUCCGGUGUUGCUGGUCGCAGUCCAAACGUUGACAAUUGACUCGCAGUUGGGCACUUCUGUUGAAGAUUGUUUUGAAAGAAUUUCCAUUGGUGAACAAUUACCAAUUAACGCCAUCUAUCGCAAUGUGUCGGAACUAACAACGCGCGAGUGCGAACAAAUCUGCAAACAGGAUAAGCAAUGCCAGGCGUAUGAUUACGGAGUGGGCGCUAAAGGCAAUGCAACAUGCAAUUUAAGUGACAAGAGUGAAAAAGAGUUAAAAGAGCAGAAUCUGCUUCUACGUCAUCCAGACUAUGAUGUUUAUGUACGAAGAAUUCAGUGUGAACAGUCACCUCCUAGUCCUAUUCAGGGACAAUUUGAUGACCCUGGUAAUGGCCCUGGGGGAGGGCCGGCACAUCGACCUGUUUUCCGGCCAGACGAAGAUGACUUUAAAAGACCACUAUCAGAUGACAUUCCUCUGGAUAACUUGAGACCUUACGAAACAGCUAGACCACCAUUUUUAAAUUACAAACCAGGUUAUUCUCAAGUAAGCAAUGACAGACCUGAUGAUUACAGUAAUUCUAAACCAGAUAAUGAUAGACCUCCAAGCUACGGUGCUCAUAAACCCCAAGAUAUUCCAUAUAAACCUGAGAAACCUUAUCAAAGUCAGCCCCAGCAGAAACCUGACGCGUAUGACGUUUUGCAAUUUCAAGAUCCUUAUCGACCUGGGAGACCUGGUAGACCUCAUGAUCCUGGUCAUUGGAGACCAGAUCCUGUUUACCCACCACAUCUUGGAGACGACAUACCAGAUCUCUAUGGGCAAAGACCAAUAGGACCUAACAGACCUUAUGAUAUUCCUGAUGGACUUCCACCAUACCGGCCAGAGAAACCUGAAUAUCAUUACAUAAUUCGACCGAAUAGAAAACCAAGACCUCAAGAUGAUAACGGAUAUGGUUAUAAACCAUCAAAACCACAGGAUUAUCCAACUAAACCUGAUACAUAUGGUCAAAACGAUAUUGGCCAUCCAUCUGGUCCAAUAGGCCCUCCAGAGCGGCCACCUAGACCAAGCCGACCGCAUUAUGACUAUCCGUUCCGACCAUAUGAUAGGCCUAGUUAUUCUUACAAUAGUCAGUAUGCAAGUAACUAUGGGCAGAAUAAUAAUGACAAUUCUAUAUAUUUAGAAAUUUAUGAUCCACCUAGACCAUAUAAGCCUUAUAAACCAACUAAACCAGAAAAUGACUAUGGUCCAGGCAGUUAUGGCCAGGACUUUGGAUAUGGAGUCCAAGGUUACGGUUAUGGUAGCAGUCAUAGCCAAAGUUCAUAUUCACAAUCACAUAGCCAAUCGCAUUACGGACAAGGUACUAUUACAGAGAUUGACAAUGGCAAUAAUUAUAUUCGACCAUCUCAAGACACUGGUUAUAAACCACAGAAACCUCAAUACGACAAACCUAGUUAUGGUGUUGCUGUAUCAGAUUAUGUAACACCUUCAGCAGGUUAUGGAGUACCAUCAAAACCAAAUGAUCCUGAAAAACCAUAUGGUAGUAACCAGGGAUAUGGAAAUCAAGGUAGCAGUCAUAAUGAUUACAAUAGUAAUCAAGCAUAUGGUAAUACUGGUGAAUCACAUGGUACUAGUAAUUCGCCACCUUAUAACGACCAGAAUAGUUAUGGCAGUAAACCAGGUUAUGCUUUGACAACAAAAAAGCCAAGUUAUGGUCAACAGAAACCUGAACAUGAUGAUAAACCUUACAAUAUUAAUCAAGGUUCUUAUACAAGUAGUCAAUCUUACAGUGGCAGUCAGGGACAUUACAGUAGUUUUAAUUCGUAUGGCAGUAGUCAAGGAAGUUAUGGUAUUAAACCAUCGUAUACUGACGAUAAGCCAUACGAUAAUAGGCCUUCAUAUGGUGAUAAACCUUACAAUGAUAACAAACCAUCUUAUAAUGAUAGACCUACAUAUGGUGAAAACCGGCCUACAUAUAAUGAUAAACCUCCGCCUUCAUAUGGAGGUAAUAAACCCUAUAAUGAUAAUAAACGACCAUCUUAUAAUGAUCCUCGACCACCAUAUAGUGACAAUCAACCUUCAUAUGGCGAUAAUAAGCCGUUUAAUGAUAACAACCGUCCAUCAUAUGGCGUUAAUGAUCAACCAUCGUAUGGUAAUAAACCAUCUUAUAAUGAUGAGAAACCUACUUAUGGUAAUAAUGAUAAUCGCCCAUCGUAUGGUGAUAAUACACCGUCUUAUAAUGAUAAUAAACGUCCAUCAUAUAGUGAUAAUGACCAGCCGUCAUAUGGUGGUAAUAAUAAUAAUAAACCUCCUUAUGGUGGUAAUAAUAAUGAUAACCGGCCUUCAUAUGGUAAUAAUGAUAAUCGACCAACAUACGCCGAUAAUAAACCAAAUGAUAAUAAACGUCCAACUUAUAGUAAUAAGCCUUCUUACAGUGAUAGUCCGUCUUAUGGUAAUCGACCGUCCUUUGGUGACCGUCCUUCUUAUGGGGAUGACCGUCCUGACCCCUCAUAUGACGGUUCUGUAUUCGACACUGGAUCAGACGGUGGAUAUAAGAAUACAGGUCAAAAAAGACCGACUGGAAAUAGACCAAAUGACACAGGUUAUACUCGGCCGGAUAUAAAACCGGUUUAUGAGUACGAACUGGAUAAACCAAUGAAUGUUCCAAGUUAUAUAGUGAGACCUGGCGGUGAUGUGGUUACUUCGAGACCGGUGGCGAUUGGAGAUUAUGGCGAACGAGGAUAUCCGGGACGAGGCCGAGUUUCUUACAAAGCUUGUUUCCGCCGGGUGCUGGCCGGUCGGCGCGCUCUACGCAGCUUCGUGAGAAAGGUGAUCAACUGCGAGCGACUGGAGGACUGCAGGAGGGAAUGUGCCAUCGAGAGGAGAUUCCCUUGUGAGAGUUUCAAUUACAGACUGGAUCCAUCAUUCCGUGGUAAAGGCCUCUGUGAACUGAUGACGAAACCGAUUGAAGCAUUUGAUAUCCAAAGAGACUUUGUAGACGAUAAGGACUACGACUUCUACGAAGUAGACCGGAACAGCUUAGAACCCCACUGCCCUGAUACCCUCCGAGGACCUGGUCUACUACAUUCAGGGUACUUGUCCUCAAAACCCAGUCGGUUACCAGGCUACCAAUGGGAUAGAAGAGACUGGUAUGAAGAUCGGUUUAAUUAUGAGAAAUACUAUGAUGACAGAAGAGGAAUCAGGUACAAUGGAAGAAGGCGUUAUGAAGAUAGAUUGUUCGUGCCUUAUCAAAUAGGUAUGGGCAGAAGCAAUGACGAGCAGGAAUCUUGGGGACAAUAUGGGGGCUUUUAUGGUGGCCAUGAUAGUUAUUACAAGGAUAGGAGCGACUAUUACAAGUCUAUCAACCAUUGGCGAUUAGCUGACGACAUAGGCCGCUCGACGUAUGGAGUCAAACAAUACCACAACACGAACUUCGAUUAUCACAACUUGGGGAAGAAUCGAUUGUGGGAAAGUCACAGAUAUGGCUAUGGAUCUUGGAAGAGAGGCCGCUGGAAUAGCUCUGGAGCAGGAAGCUGGAACAAUCUGGACUAUGGAGAGUCUAAUUACUUCGAUAAACCGAAAUAUCAUUAUUAUGAUGAUAGGAAUGAAGACCCGAGUGGUAAAGAUUGUUCAUCGCGUCGUAGACCCGGCAUGUCCUUAGGGUCUGGUGCCAUAAGACGGUCCCUUAUUGCCCACAAUGUGGUUGAGUGUGAAGCAGCCUGCUUUGGCGAAAGGGAGUUCAAAUGCGUCUCAUACAGUUAUAGAUAUUCCAGUUCGAGAGGCACUGAUAACUGUUUCCUAAGUGAAAGACCUUAUCGAGGGUUGGAGCUGUCAGCCGACAGUGGUUCAGAUGUUUACGCUAUGCCGCAAGAUCAAGGAUGCUCCACAAUCAGUCAUAAACCUUGGGUUGAAAGUGAAUGUUUCUGGCAUGUGCGUUCCGGGGCUGCGGUGAGUGGUGCUGCUGUAAGAGGAGCAAUCACAGUCGCUGGUCUCGGUGCCUGUGAAGCUGAAUGUAUCCGUGCUCAUGGAUUCUUCUGUAGAGGAUUUAGUUUCAGAUUCGACGCUCCAACAAUAGGUGAUGAUUUAGAGAACUGCAUCUUAACUUCUUCUCCACCUACUUCGUUGGAAAAUAACAGAGGUCUGCGGCCCACGGCUGGACAUGAAUUGUACUCAAGAGGGAACUACGGAAGAGGCUGUGAACCAGCAUUGUAUGAUGAUACACAGCAUAGAGAGACACAAUGCUACCUACAAUACGAUAGUGCAGCGCGACUGAAAAACUCGGCGGUCCGGGGUUCGACACGUGUUCGUACAGAGGAGGCGUGUGGAGUUGCAUGCACCGAUGCACCAUUUAGAUGCCUCUCUUUCUCUUUCAAUAACAAGGUACCACCAGGCACAGAUAAUUGUCUCCUAUCAGAUAUCCGUCUCUUCGAUCUUCAGCGAGGAGUUGACUACGAGCAUUCUGUCGAUGACUGGCUUUUCGCAUUCGAUCUCUUCAAUGGCCAGUGCUGGAGGAAGGUACACGGGAAGAACGAGUAUGAUGACCCGUCAAAUGAGCUGCCACGUCCAUCAGGCCCAAGUUAUGAUGACCGUCCUUCAGGCCCUGGAAGACCAGGGUAUUUACCCACAGCUGGAGAUGUGCCAUACUCUCCUUCUGGUCCACCAAGCGGGCCUGGAUAUAAACCCGGGUAUAUUGAACCCGAACCACCAUUAAAACCUGUGUAUCCUGAACCUACUGGUCCUGGAUUUAAACCUGGUUAUCCACCAGACUACAGGCCUUCUGCACCUUCUGGACCCGAUUACCCAGUUUACAAACCCGGAUUCAGACCAGAACCAAGCGGACCAGCGUAUUUACCGGAACCAGGCUUUAGACCGGAGCCGAGUGGGCCCGGUUUUAAACCCGGAUAUCCGCCCGACUCGGGUUUCAGGCCCGGAUAUCCGCCUCCAGAACCGGGUUACAAACCCGGGUAUUUGCCACACGAACCCAAACCCGAGUAUGGACCACCGAAGCCCAAACCAGGUUAUCCGAUUGAUCGUGAAGACAUUGCUGUAUCAUGGAGACAUUUUACGGUAUCUGGGUUCCCAUGUCGAGCUGGUACCUCAUGUGCUCAGAACCAGGUGGCUGGUCAUUGGGCCUGUGAACCAGAGGGAGGAGAAGUCGGAUCAUGGGAUUAUUGUUGUGCACCGACCCACCGUUGCGGUUAUAGUGAAGGCUUCCAUAAACCUUGGUGCUAUGUAGGCCCAACAGAUGAUCAAUGGAGACCGUGUAGUGAAAAAUACUACCCAUAUCAUCAACACAACGUGCCUCAUCCCUCUCAAGGACAUAGAGAUGAUCAGCCCCGUCCAUAUCCGAGCAGACCUUGGAGAGGAAAACCUCCUAAUAAUGAUAGACCAGGACCUUUCUUAGGGCCAUAUUUGUCAGAAAAUGAUCGUAGAUAUUGGGAUAACCUAUAUAAAAAUGGACCACAAGCAUACUAUGACCAGUAUGGAAAUCCAUUACCAGGAUAUACUCGAGUCCCAACUGCCAAUCGUCCACAUAUCAAAUAUCACCACCACUACCCACGUCCACCAUCAGGGCAUUGGGUACCUUUAUCACCGCAUGAUCCUCCAGAAUUGGAUCCUCCCCUUCCUGGAGGACUUGGUGUACCCAGAUACUGGCCAGUAGCAUACCUUCAUAAAGGUCCUCCACCGAAUGUGACGUACUUUAGGUACAACGAAACAACUACAACUGAAAGGUAUGAACCGUUACCACCCCGAAAUCCUACUAGAGAUAACCCACCGCCAAGGAACCCCACAAAUGAACCUCUACCGCCAAUUGUACCCUCUAGAGAACCUAUUCCAUCUGUUGUUACAAAUAAACCAACAGAUAAUAGUAAUCUUGGAGUAGAAGGUAGAAGUCAAAGAGAUGAAAAAACUAGAGACUUGCAAAAUGAUACUAAUGAUGAUAUAUUUCGCAUAGAUACAGAUGAACUAAAAACUAGUACCACUACUACUACUACCACCACUAUUAAACCUAAUAUAUUAAAAGAUCCAAUCAAACCUGAAAUUAAAGAAGAAGAUAUAAUCAAAACCAAUAAUUCAAUUGUAGAAAUAGUAAUGCCAGAAAAUGUUAAGGAAGACAAAGUAAGUGAUAAUCUAAAAGGGAUUGAUGAUAAAUUAGAUGAUUUUACAGCAAUUGAAGUGUUUGAUAUUGAGGAUGCUAAAAAAGGAGAUAAGCUGUCUGAUUUGAGAACUUUAGAAGCAGAAGAGCGACAAAUAGAGGCUAUAGGAAGAUUGGUAGCUUCAAGACGCGGGUCCAAAUUAGUUCUAGAAAAACGUUCACAAAAAGAACUGGAAGCCAAGAAUAUAGCUGUUGACAAAGAUUUAGUGGAUUUUAAUUUCGGAAAUAAAUUUCCUACAUCGGAAAGAAAAGGAGUUAUUCAAAGGGUGACAAAAGAUGAAAUAGAAAGAGAGAAAUAUAAUGAUAAAAGCUUAGAAGUGAGCGAAACAACGUUCGUAAGACCACCAAGAAUAUUGAGCACAACAGAAAAUAUACGUAAAGCCAUCGUUAAUGGAAAAGUAUUUUAUGACGCAAGUAUAAGAGAACAAAGGGAGAUCUUUUCAAAUGCUACCCGAAAAGCUAAAUCGUUUAGAUUUCUAGAAGAUUCUAGAGCUCCAUCGAUUUUGAAUAAUACCAACUUUGGUAUUAAAAAGAUAAUUAAGGCUAGAAAUGUCAAUCCAGUAAGGAGAGUGAGAAGGGUAUAUAGAAAGAGAUAUAAUCCCGGAGAAGUAAGGAGAAGGUUGUUAGAAAGAGAGAGAAGCACGAAGGCAGAUGUUAUUUUAGAAACCGCUAGGAAAGUAUAAAAACUCAAUUUUAAUAAUUUCGUCAUUUAUUUUAAAUGUAGUAUUUCUAGUUUAGACACUUUUAUGAUAAAAAUAAAAUCAGUAUUAGUGAUAUCCGUGAUUUUUUUAAAGUUUAAGUUUA